AUGUCCGCAAAGACUGCCGACACCAAGCGCACAUCGCCCGCGGUCAACCUGAUCGCUGGUGGUGGUGCUGGUAUGAUGGAGGCCCUCGUGUGCCACCCCCUGGACACAAUCAAGGUCCGCAUGCAGCUUUCAAGGAGGGCUACAGCGCCUGGUGUUAAGCCCCGCGGUUUCAUCGCCACUGGUGCUCAGAUCGUGCAGAAGGAGACCGCUUUGGGUCUGUACAAGGGUCUCGGUGCUGUGCUGGGUGGUAUCAUUCCCAAGAUGGCUAUCCGUUUCACCUCAUAUGAAGCAUACAAGGGCUGGCUCGCCGAUAAGGAGACAGGCGUCAUCAGCAGCAAGGGCACCUUCCUGGCUGGUCUCGCCGCCGGUGUUACCGAAGCCGUGGCCAUCGUCAACCCCAUGGAAGUCGUGAAGAUCCGUCUGCAAGCGCAGCACCACAGUCUCGCAGACCCCCUGGACGCCCCCAAGUACCGUAGUGCCCCUCACGCACUCUUCACCGUGAUUAAAGAGGAAGGCUUCAGCGUCCUGUACCGCGGUGUCUCCCUGACCGCUCUCCGACAAGGAACCAACCAGGCCGCCAACUUCACCGCAUACACUGAGCUGAAGGCCGCUCUCCAGCGCUGGCAACCCGAGCACAGCAACAGCCAGCUGCCCGCCUACCAGACCACCGUGAUCGGCCUGAUCUCCGGUGCCGUCGGUCCCUUCUCCAACGCCCCCAUCGACACCAUCAAGACCCGUCUCCAGAAGACCCGUGCCGAACCCGGCCAAUCCGCUGUCUCCCGUAUCAUGGUUAUCGCCAAGGACAUGUUCAAGACUGAGGGUGCUCGCGCUUUCUACAAGGGUAUCACUCCCCGUGUGAUGCGUGUCGCUCCCGGUCAGGCUGUCACUUUCACUGUGUACGAGUUCCUCAAGGGCAAGCUGGAAGCCUCUAACUGGGCUUUCGUUGGUGGCAAGUACGAUGAGUAA